AUGGAUAACUAUUUUUGUGAUAUGCGUUCUUAUUUGGAAAUGUAUGAAGAUGAAACUAACCGUCAGCAACCAAAGCUGGAGUUGGAACCUCUUCUUGAUAAAAAACAACAGUAUAUUGAUGAAAAUAAUUUGAAAAUGUCAGAAGUAAUUGAGGAAGGCGCCCCCACAAUUCAUGAUCAUCUUCAGCAAAAACUUUUCAGUAAUGAAAAAGAAAUUCUUUGCUCUCUCGAACAACAUCCAAAUGUUCUGGGUCUAAUCGGUUUGGUUCCCAAUUUAGACUUAAUUGUGUUGGAGUUCCCCGACACUGAAGAUCUUGGAAGACACUUGAGAAAUUAUAGACCUGAUUUUCUAGAUCAGAUUGUAUACUCCGAAAAUAAAAUGAAAACUGACGAAUAUCGGAAACUCGAUAGUGUUGAAGAUGCGUUGCUUUACACCGUGGACCUUGUAUCGUUCGCCUAUCAAAUAGCAAAUGGGAUGAGUCAUUUGGCCAGUUUAUCGUGUGUUCAUCGGGAUCUAGCUCUCCACAAUAUUUAUGUCACCAAGAAUAAGACCAUUCGAAUUGGAGGAUUUGGUCUAGCCAGAAUAAUUGAUAAGAAUGGAUACCAUAGAAUAGCAUCCCAGGAAGCACCUCUCCAUUUGCUAUGGAUGGCACCAGAGACGUUUCGAAACAAUACGACGGAUGAGAAAUCGGAUGUUUGGUCGUUUGGAGUUUGUCUCUAUGAACUAUUCACACUGGGCAAAACACCAAAUUUGGAUGUAAGGAUUGAGGAUGUUGAGAUGUUUCUGAAAAGUGGCGGGAGACUUCCUGAGCCAACUUUUUGUACUCCGAACGUAUACAACUUCAUGAAAUGGUGUUGGAAUUUUGAGCCAAAAGAGCGUCCAUGCUUUUCGAGAUGUGUAGAGUUUUUCAGCGCUGAAUUGGGCGAUCGGCUUGUAAAGAAAGUUCAUGAGAAACUUGAUGAGGAAUUUUCAAGUCAGCAGAAACUGAACAAUUGGGCACGUGGCAAAUUAUAA